AGCAACAAGCAUACCUUCUUCGUUCCUAAUUCCUACAUCCUACCUCUUCACCGGAGUCAGGUACCCGAUACCAACAUUACCGGAAAGUCCUCACUCCGGCGAUCGCCGAUCAGAUCCCUAUGUACGAAGCAGUUUGAGUGUCAAGCCCCAGAACACGAGGAUGCUAGCAUUGCAAUAAUCAGAUCUGAAAUGAACUCAAAUUCUCUCUAGUAUUGUCAGUUUAUUGGAUUUUUAUCUGCGACGAUUAAUGGCGACGAGGAAUAGGACGAUUCUGUACAAGAAGUACAGAGAUGCAUUGAAGAGCGUGCGAGUUCCUGCUGGAUCGUCGCAAUCCAGCUCCAGCGGCCGCGGUCCAGUGAUUGAAUUAUCCACGACUUCAUUGCUUAAUCCGAAUCGAUCUUACGCUCCUCUCAGCACAGAAGAUCCUGGGACUUCCAGUAGUGGCCUGGUUACGGUAGGUCUACCACCUGCGUGGGUGGAUGUAUCUGAAGAAAUAGCAGCUAAUGUGCAACAAGUGAGAACAAAAAUGGCCGAGCUUGCAAAGGCUCAUGCGAAGGCUUUAAUGCCAUCAUUUGGAGAUGGUAAAGAGGAUCAGCGUCGGAUUGAGGGUCUUACUCAUCAAAUAACUGAUCUGUUGAAGACAUCAGAAAAAAGGUUACACAGAUUAUCUAAAGCAGGGCCCUCCGAGGACUCUAAUGUUCGAAAAAAUGUGCAGCGUUCUCUCGCGACAGAUCUUCAAAACCUUUCAAUGGAAUUUCGGAAAAAACAGUCGACUUAUUUGAAACAACUACGCCAACAAAAAGAGUCUCCAGACGGUGUUGACCUGGAAAUGAACUUAAAUGAAAGUCACUCUACAAGGGGGAGUGAUGAUUUGGAUGAAUAUGGAUUUAAUGAGCAUCAAAUGUCAAAAUUAAAGAAAAGCGAGGCAUUCACAGCAGAGAGGGAAAGAGAAAUACAGCAGGUUGUCGAAUCAGUGAAUGAACUUGCGCAAAUUAUGAAGGACUUGUCAGUUCUGGUGAUUGACCAGGGUUCUAUCGUGGAUAGGAUAGAUCAUAACGUUCAAAAUGUUGCUGCGACAGUUGAGGACGGUCUCAAACAGUUGCAAAAGGCCGAGAGAACACAGAAGAAGGGCGGGAUGGUCAUGUGUGCCACGGUGCUAGUCAUCAUGUGCUUUGUAAUGCUAGUUCUUUUAAUUUUGAAGACAAUACUUUUCUGAUCUUUCAAAAAUCAUCUUUUCCUAUUCUUACUCCCUCCAUCCCUUUGCAUCAUCUUGUACCACACCACAGAAUUUCCCUACUUAACGUCGGGCCAAUAGAAAAACUUGGAACCUUUUGAGCUGCUUCUGUUUUUUUACAUUUGCCCCCUUCAAAUCAGUUAUUUACCCCCCCACCCCGCUCUCUCGCUUGGGGUGGGGUGGGGGGAGGGGAGAUCUUGUGCUAAUGAGGUAAUUGAUACAGCUCAAGGUGCCGUUUGUAUAGAGCAAUUGUAAUUUGUUGGUGAAUAAUUUGGAAGAUAAAAAAAAUCUAUUCUACUCCCUCCGUUCCGGAGUAUUCGUCCAGUUUUGACUUUUGGAAUUGUUCAUCUAAGCACUUUGACUCAUCAAAUUCUCUCAAUGUGUAAGCCUAAAUAUAGUCAUGUGUGAUCUUGUUUGAUUUGUCUUAACAUAUAGAUUAUUAAUAUAUAAUUUCUAUAAUUUUUUAAUAUACAAAUUACAAGAUAAAAUGGAUUAAAGAAGUGUAUUGGAU